AGUUUCUGCAUAAUUCGCUUUUUUCGGGAAUUAAAACCCAGACCUCCUGUAAAAAUUGCGUUGUCUGAGAUUUUAACCCCAGAUCUGGAUGUAAAAACUUUUAAACCUUAACCACCAAAACCACGGUACUUCCACGAAUGAAAAUUGUUUAUAAACGGAAAAUAGGGAUUAGUGUAGACUAAACCCCGUAGUUGCCGAGACCAAGGGCAGAAGUCUUUUGUAAAUGGUAAAAUACACCGUCACUUUCAAUAAUAAAUACUUAAAUCUUCCAUUCAACACCUAAUCCGUCUUUGUUAAUUGUUAUUAUGCAUAUGUGAGAGCUCAUGUCAAUUCACAUAUUAUAGAAAAAGACUUUCAGUAUAAGUAAAUGGUAAAAUACACAACCACUUUCACUAAUAAAUAAACACCACCAUGUCAAUCUACUUUAAAAAUAUAUAUAUAUUUGAAAAAAAAAACUUAUGUAAAUGAAAAAUUACUUAUGCGUGGUGGCAAAGACAUAGAACUACAGAAGCAUCAUUCCUCACACAAUUCUUGAGUUUUGAACUUUGGCGUCUCUCUCCCUCUCUCAGUCUCAGUCACCAGCUUAGUUUCAGAUGGCGAGAUACUCAACUGGCACGGUUGUUGACUUUUCUAAAUCUGUACGAAUCGUUGUGAUUGGUGACAAGGGCACUGGAAAGUCCAGCUUGAUUGCCGCUGCAGCCACCAAUUCUUUCCCUGCCAAUGUCCCUCCUGUUUUGCCUGAUACCAAGUUGCCUCUUCAGUUCUUCCCUGACGGUAUACCCGUCACCAUCGUUGACACUUCCUCAAGGCAGGAAGAUAGGGGCAUGGUUGCCGAGGAAUUGAAGCACGCAGAUGCAGUGGUUUUGACACAUGCCAGUGACGACCGACCUGAGACUCUCCAACGUUUGAGUACAUACUGGCUUCCAGAGCUUCGGCGGUUAGAGGUAAAGGUUCCUAUAGUUGUAGCAGGCUGUAAGCUUGACCUCGACAAGAACCAGGCCAGCUUCGAACAAGUGAUGUCACCUAUAAUGAACCAGUUUCGGGAGAUUGAGACUUGUAUCGAAUGUUCUGCCCUGAAGCAAAUCCAGGCACAAGAAGUUUUCUAUUAUGCACAAAAAAAUGUCAUUCACCCAACAGCACCUCUGUUUGAUCAAGAAACUCAGGCAUUGAAGCCACGGUGUGUAAGGGCCUUGAAGCGUAUCUUUAUACUAUGUGACCAUGAUAAAGAUGGUGCUCUUAACGAGGCUGAGUUAGAUCAAUUUCAGGUCAAGUGCUUCAAUGCGCCAUUGCAGCCUAAUGAAAUCGAAGGUAUUAAGAGGGUUGUGCAAGAAAGGUUACCAGAAGGUGUGAAUGAAAUAGGACUGACAGUGGCUGGCUUCCUGUUUCUACAUGCACUCUUUAUUGAGAAAGGGAGGAUCGAGACAACAUGGACUGUACUUAGGAAGUUUGUAUAUAACAAUGAUGUAAGACUGGCUAAUGAAUGGCUUCCACCUUCAUUAUUCAAGAGAGCACCUGAUCAGAGUGUUGAGUUGACAGAUGUAGCAAUCGAAUUCCUGAAAGAAAAGUAUAUGUUGUUUGAUGCGGAUGGGGAUAAUAAUCUGAGACCUCAAGAGAUUGAGGAUCUUUUUUCAACCGCACCUGAAAGUCCCUGGAAGGAAGCUCCGUAUGAGGAUGCUGCAGAGAAAACUGCCCUUGGAGGACUCUCCUCUGACUCUUUCCUGUCACUGUGGUCACUGAUGACAGUAUUAGAACCUGCUCGGAGUGUGGAACAUUUGAUUUGCAUUGGAUUCCAGGGUGAUCCAUCUUCUGCCAUCCGUAUUACUAGGAGAAGGCUUUUAGAUCGCAAAAAGAAACGAUGUGAAAGAAAAGUUGUCCAGUGCUUUGUUUUUGGACCCAAUAGCGCUAGAAAAUCUGCCUUACUGAAUUGCUUUCUUGGAAGGUCAUAUGCUGAUAACCCGGGAUCAACCACCACUGACGAGCGUUAUGCAGUGAAUAUGGUCGAUGAAACUGGGAGUGCAAAGAAAACUCUUGUUAUGAGGGAAAUUCCAGAAGAUGGGGCUCAAGGGCUAUUUUCAUCCAUGGAGUCGUUGGCUGCAUGUGACAUAGCUGUCUUCGUGUAUGACAGUUCUGAUGAGUCGUCAUGGAAGAGAGCGAGUGAGUUGCUUGUAGAAGUUGCAAAUCACGGCGAGGCCACUGGAUAUGAGGUUCCCUGCCUUAUGGUUUCAGCGAAAGACGAUAUUGUAUCAUCCCAAAUUCCCAUACAAGAUUCCACCAGGGUGACACAAGAUGUGGGAAUAGAGCAUCAUGUAUCCAUCAGCUCGAAACUGGAGGAUUUCAACAACUUAUUCCGCAAAAUCAUAACUGCAGCGCAACAUCCUCAUCUGAGUAUUCCAGAGACCGAAGCAGGAAAAAGCCGCAAACAUUACAACAGGAAAAUCAACCGCUUUCUAAUGGUUGUUUCAAUCGUAGCUGCUGUUGUGGUCGUUGGGCUUGCUGCAUACUUUGUGUAUGUGUCGCAAGAGAGAGUGCUUCUGCCUGAGAAGAUUGAGAAUGAAGGACCCAAGUCUCUUGUUAUGAUCUUAUAUUAGUAGCAUUCUUGUUCCUACAACAAUGUAUUUGUAACAAAUCAUUUUGUGUGUUUGAAUAUAAUAAACCAAUGACUUAAAAAAUUUCUUGUAACUGGAAUUUACCUCAAAAGUCUCUUGUUUGCAUCUAA